GAGGAAGCUGCUUCCACUGCUCCCCUGUAGUCAUGACAUUGGACCCAUCGAAGAGAAAGGAGUGUCAGGACCUUACUAACACCAUAUGACUUACUAAGAAGAGACACUUGUUUCCUUUGAAUUUAUCUACAUCGAGUCAUUGCUAGCUCUACUUGGGGAUUCCAUGGUCACCCUCAAUGGGAUUUCAGGACCUCCUGCAUCAAGUCGGUGGCCAGGGGAGGUUCCAGGUUCUCCAGCUGGCUUUCCUUUUUAUCUCCAAUGUCCUAGUGAUCCAGCAUCUUCUGUUGGAGAACUUCACUGCUGCCAUCCCCGGCCACCGCUGCUGGGUCCCCAUCCUUGACAACGACACUGUCUCUGAUAAUGACACUGGGAUCUUCAGCCACGAAGCCCUCUUGAGAGUCUCCAUCCCACUGGAUUCGAACCUGAAGCCGGAGAAGUGCCAACGCUUCCACCAACCCCAAUGGCAGCUCCUUCACUUGAAUGGGACUUCCCCCAAGGCAAGUGAGCCAGACACAGAGCCCUGUGUGGAUGGCUGGGUUUAUGAUAAAAGCACCUUCCCCGCAACCAUCGUGACAAAGUGGGACCUGGUGUGCGAAUCUCAGGCACUGAAAUCCGUGGCUCAGUUCCUGUUCAUGACUGGAACACUGGUGGGAGCGCUGGUGUGUAGCCAUCUCUCAGACAGGUUUGGGAGGAGGCUGAUUCUCAGAUGGUGUUUGCUCCAGUUGGCGGUUGUUGACACGUGUGUGGUCCUGGCUCCCUCCUUCCCCAUUUACUGCUCGCUGCGCUUCCUGGCUGGGCUUUCUACCACAACCGUCAUUACAAAUAGUGUUUUGCUCAUCCUAGAAUGGUCAGUGCCCAAAUUCCAGGCCACCGGCGUGACACUGACGUUUUGCUCUUACAGUAUCGGGCAAAUCAUCCUGGGAAGUCUGGCAUUUGCCAUUCGAGAGUGGCAAACCCUCCAGCUGGUGGUGUCUGUACCAUUUUUCGUCCUCUUCUUGUCCUCGAGGUGGCUUGCAGAGUCUGCUAGAUGGCUCAUUUUCAACAAUAAGCUUGAAGAGGGAUUAAAGGAACUUAGACGAGCUGCCCGAAUGAAUGGAAUCAAGAACGCUCGAGAGAUGCUGACAUUGGAGGAGUUGAAAGCCACCAUGCAGGAGGAGCUGGAGGAAGCACGGAACAAGCCUUCUCUGUGUGACCUCUUCAACUCGCCCACCCUGCGGAAAUGGAUCCAACUCACAUCUUUUGUGAAAUUUGUCAACAGUAUGUCGGGGUUUGGCCUGCUGUUUAAUCUCCAGCACCUGGGGAACAAUGUGUUCCUGAUCCAAGUUCUUUUUGGCGUUACCUCCCUCGCAGCCAAAGGUGUGGCCCUUUGGGCAAUGAGACAAAUUGGCCGUCAAAAAAGCCAAGUGAUUUUCACGUUCACGUUGGGCAUUGCUCUUUUGGUCCUCACAUUUGUGCCUCAAGAGCAGCCGACCCUCCGGAUGAUCUUGGCCAUUUUGGGAAUGGGUGCUGUUUCUGCCACGAAUGCCUGUGCCCACCUGCACUCCAACGAGCUCUUCCCCACACUAAUCAGGGCAAGAACUUCAGGAAUCAAUGUCAUGGCCAGUGGUACCGGGGCAGCCUUGGCCCCUCUUUUGAUGACCCUAAUGAUAUAUUCACGCCCGCUGCCCUGGAUCAUCUAUGGAGUCGCUCCCAUCCUGGCUGGCUUUGCUGUUCUUCUCCUUCCUGAAACUAGGAAUCGGCCUCUGCCAGACACCAUCCAGGAUGUGGAAAAUUCGACAAAAGACUCCAAAAAAGGAAAGGAAGAUUCUUGGGUGAAAGUGACACCGUUUUAAGGAAUCCUAAGAGUUGCUGCCGAUGAAAGGGGAAAUUAAGGGGUGGAGGGAGAAUCCAGAUCAUUGCUACCUAAUGCGCAAACCUUAGAAAAUAUAUAAAUAAAAAGAAAUCAUGGAAAAACGGG